AUGAGCAGCAGCAAGGACGCCCUCUCCCUGCUCAACCGUGUCGAGGCACCCGCAGGUAUGAUGCAGCCGCACAGCCAGACGAGGGCGUUCUACUGCUGCGACGACGAGGAUAAGGAAGGGACGGACGAGCUGCUCGGCGAGCUUCUCUUCGGCGCCGAUGGAAGACGGGGUACUGAUCUGUCUUCCACGCGUUGCCCUCCUCCUGCGGCGCCACCUGCCUCACUGGACAUUGCCGCACCUGCGUCUGCUGCUGCCACGGGAUCUGGUGCCGAGCUGCCACGCCUGCGCUACAGUCGCCCGCCGCCGCACCUUACGCAGACAACCUUGGAUCUCGGCCACGCGGAGCCGACGAUGGCCACGCGUUGCCUGCUUUGCCGCAUGUUGUACAGUCCCGAGAACGACGAGGAUGCCGCGCUGCACCGGCGCUUCUGCCGAGGAGGGCGGCUUCGUCGCCGCGACCGGGGCCCAUACGAUGCGCCGUCAUCCUUCACGGGUGCCUGCCGCUCGCGACGCGCUCGGACGGAAACCGCAGCGAGUCCGUUGGCGUCCCUGUCAAGCCCGGCAGCGGUGGCAGUGCACAUGCUGGAGGAGCUGAAUGGUGCAGGCUUGGGACACUCACCCAGCCCUUUGGUAGCGAACACCACAGCGACGGUACGACGAGGUGGUCCGCGCCGUCGCGAGAGUGGGGCUCGCGGGGUUGCCAAGGCAACCUAUACGGCGACCGACACGCUGAAUACGGCGGCAGAUGCCACAGUCUCUUUGUGCACGUGUGUCCUCCGCCCUCGCUCGUCGUCGUCCUCGUCGCCCCACCUCUCCUCACCGCUGGCGGUGUUUCGCAUCUCUCUCAACGCGUGUGGUGUGGCGGACAGCAAAGGAGGCUGCACGGCGCUCAGGCUAUUGGAGCUGCUAGACUUCACCCCAGUUGUACUGCGCGCCGCCGCCGAGCGUGAUGUUGCCCCGCAGACGGCAUCAUCGUCCGUCUUGUGCGGAAACGUCCCUGUUGUGCCGUCGGUGAGGGACAGCGCCGCGUCGACUGUUCAUGUGGUGUGCGUGGUAGACACCGUGCUGCGGCUGCUGCUGUGCGCCGUGGUUGGGGAGCCGCGGAGCCGGGAGCAAGAUCCAGAGCUGUGCGUGGAGCGGCGCGCUGACGGGGCAACGGUGUGCAGCACACGUCGGAACUUCACGCACGGCGACGUAGCGGGACUGUGGGUGCUCUCCCCUGCCGAGCUCAGCGCCGCGCAGACAGCGUGGGAGAAGAGCACCGCAGCACCGUUUGCAUCGACCCGUCAGGCGCUGGAGGUUUUUUUUGGUACGCGCGCAGGCGGUGGUGCUCCAUCCUCGGCGCAAUCACACGCCGCUCACGUCACUGAGAAGGCCCACGAGCGCUGUCAACAGGCUGCUGGGGUCGCACUACAUGCGCUGGCCCAAUACCUCGUGUACGGCAGCAGUCUGUGCCCUUCGCGGCAACUCUCCUAUUCACAGGCCGCCCUCGCAGCGGCGGAGCGCAUGGGCGCUGGCUUUAUGGAGCAGUGCUUGGCAGUCGCUUCCUCCUGCUACCUCGCCGGUGCCACGCCUACACCACGCGAAGACGUGGGAGAGCUGCAGCCGCUGUACAUACACGGCGACAGCGACGAUGGCGGCAGCGACAGUGAUGACGCCAACGAAGAUGCCAAGGGGGUCAUCGGUGAAUGA